AUGCAAACAGUCACAAUUGCACUUGUAACCAUCAUUUUAACUCUUAUCAGGAAUGUCACUGGAUGUCCUCAUGGAUGUGAAUGCUCAGACUGGACAACCUCUUCUGUUUUUUGUACUGAUUUAGCCGUCAUGCCUACAUUUCCUGACAAUACAAACACACUACACCUCUUUGAAACCAGACUGACCUCUGUCCCAAAAAAUACAUUUGACAACAUGGCAAACAUAUCAUUAAUUUACCUGUCAGUUGAUGUGACACUAAGAAGGUUAGAAAAGCAUGCAUUUCACAACCUGAAGAAAAUUACACACAUAGAGAUAAGAAACACCAGAAGCUUGACUGUCAUUGAACCUGAGGCCUUCAAGGAUCUUCCAAAUUUAAAAUACUUAGGUUUGCUCAACACUGGUCUUACCAUCUUCCCUGACCUGUCUAGCAUCCACUCUGAGAAUUCAUUGUUCAUGCUAGAAAUUACUGACAAUCUCUACAUUACUGAGAUUCCUGCAAAUGCAUUCCAAGGCAUUACCAAAGAUGUGCUUACUGUGAAUUUAUACAGUAAUGGAUUUAACAAAAUCCAACAUCAUGCUUUCAAUGGGACAAAACUAGAUGCCAUAUAUCUUCACAGAAACAAACAACUGACAGAACUGGAUGAUAACAUGUUUGCGGAAACUAUCAGUGGUCCAAUGUUCCUUGAUGUCUCAGACUCAGGCAUUAUUUCUCUUCCAUCAAGAGGGUUGCAUUCACUCCGGGAACUCAGAGCUCAGAACGUGUGGGCCCUCAAAAAGCUUCCACCAGUGCAGACCUUCAGACACCUUGUAAAUGCAGAUCUGACCUAUCCUAGUCACUGCUGCGCUUUCAAGAACCUCAAGAAAAAGAAAGGGUACCUGGAUUACAUAAUUUGCAACUUAACUGCCAUAUAUGACCAAAGCCAUAAGAGAUCAGUAGGAAUCCCUAAAAGAUCUGCUGCUCAGAGUGAUAUGGACAAAGACAUUGAUUCAAGUGACCCCACAUUCAGGGGGCAUUACCAAGCCUAUUUUGAAGAACACCUGACCUCCUGGGGAGACAUGAUUCAAGACUUCGACAGUUACUAUGACUAUGUUGUGUGUGAGGACGGACAGUCUGUGACAUGUUCCCCAGCCCCUGAUGACUUCAACCCCUGUGAAGAUAUCAUGGGUUUUAGUUUCUUGAGAGUGUCUGUUUGGUUUGUCAGUACACUGGCUGUACUGGGGAACUCAUUGGUGCUGUUUAUACUCCUCACCAGUCGCUACAAAUUCUCUGUCUCCCGGUUUCUCAUGUGCCAUCUGGCUUUUGCUGACUUGUGCAUGGGCAUCUACCUGCUUUUCAUCGCCUCGGUGGACAUUUACACACAAUCUGAGUACUAUAACCAUGCCAUAAACUGGCAGACAGGACCAGGGUGCACCCUUGCUGGCUUCUUUUCCAUUUUUGCAAGCGAGCUGUCUGUUUACACACUGACCACAAUCACUCUGGAGCGUUGGUAUGCCAUCAGUUUUGCUAUGCGACUAGAUCGGAAGAUACGUUUGUCCCACGCCGUUGUCGUCAUGCUCGGGGGUUGGCUUUUUUGCCUCAUGUUGGCCCUCAUGCCUGUGUUAGGUGUGAGCAGUUACCAAAAGGUGAGCAUAUGCCUGCCCAUGGACACCCAGAACCUGGUUGCCCAGGUCUACAUCCUAUUUGUGCUUGUCUUUAACAUAGUGGCCUUUGUGAUCAUUUGUGCUAGUUACAUUAAAAUAUACUGCGCAGUGCACAAACCCAACUACUCUUCAUCCAGAAAAGACACAAACAUAGCUAAACGCAUGGCUGUCCUUAUUUUUACAGACUUUCUCUGCAUGGCACCCAUUUCCUUCUACGCUGUGUCAGCUGCAAUAGAUCACCCACUAAUAACCGUAUCCAAUUCCAAAAUCCUGCUGGUGCUGUUCUACCCGCUGAACUCCUGUGCCAAUCCUUUUCUCUAUGCCAUCUUUACCAAGACUUUUCGGGGCGAUGUAUUCAUCCUGCUUAGCAAAGUUGGCCUGUGUGAGCAGCAAGCCCAAAUCUUCAGAGGCCAAACCAUCUCAUCCAAAGUAAACAGUGGAGGCAGACGUGGGAAAGAACAGAGAUCCCAUGAAGAGACCGCUCUUAACAUAAUCGAGUGUUCAGACCAUAACCACAUCACCUAUCCAAAAUGA